UACACGAUGCAUCUUCUGUUUCUCCAAAUCACAGAAUCCCGGAAGCCACACCACAGCAUGUCUGCUUCUUUCCUCCUCCCUUUCCUGUCCUCGGAGUAGCAGGAGGCCUCAUUUUCUGCAUGUCUGUCUGCCAACAUGUCAACCAUCAGCCCUGAAUACGAUUACUUGUUUAAACUCCUGCUGAUCGGUGACUCUGGGGUCGGGAAAUCAUGUCUCCUGCUCCGCUUUGCGGAUGACACCUACACAGACAGUUACAUCAGCACCAUUGGGGUGGACUUCAAAAUCCGAACCAUCGAGUUGGAAGGCAAGACCAUUAAGCUCCAAAUUUGGGACACCGCUGGACAGGAGCGCUUCCGCACCAUCACCUCCAGCUACUACCGAGGCGCGCAUGGCAUCAUCAUUGUGUAUGAUGUGACAGACCAGGAUUCCUUCAACAACAUGCACCUCUGGUUGGAAGAAAUCAACCGCUACGCCAGUGAAAAUGUCAACAAGCUGAUUGUGGGAAACAAAAGCGACCUCUCGAGCAAGAAAGCAGUGGACUACACCACGGCCAAGGAAUACGCCGACUCCCUUGGGGUGCCCUUCCUGGAGACGAGCGCCAAGAACGCCACCAACGUCGAGCAGGCCUUCCUCACCAUGGCAGCAGAGAUCAAGAACCGUGUGAGCAGUGGACCCACCCAGAACGACAGCCACAAACCCAACCUCCAUAUCCAGAGUAACCCCUUGAGGCAAGAUGGGCCUGGCAAGGGGGAUGAAGGCGGAGGAGGCUGCUGCUAGGAGAAGAACUACUCCUGGAUCGGCUAAGCAGAUGGUUCAGGGAGCGCACAGGCUAACGACCCUUGGA